UUUCAUGCAUAAUAUUUUAUAAACAGAUAAGUUGUUGGAUCAACAUCUUCGAUAAACACUUAAAAAGAUCAAACAACCAAACUUAAAUGAUAUUGUUGUUAUUUAAUUCCGGUUUUAGAUACUUAUGCGUCGAAGUUCUUCAGCUUUGAAUAUUCAGCAAACAAUUGCCGAAUUCAAAACUUGCCCUCUUGAUCUGGAAGAAGAGAGAAGGAUACAGAAAGAAAUAAAAAAGUGGAAGGACUAUGAAGAUGAUGUUGACCGUCUGAAGCAGGAAAUGACAGCAGUGAAAGACAAUAUAUCUGACGUGAAGAAAGACAUUGAAGACGUAAAGGGAAAUGUAACUGAAGUAAAAAAAGACAUUGAAGGCAUAAGGAAAAAUGUAACUGAGGUGAAAAGAGACCUAGAAGGCGUAAAAGAAAAUGAUACUGCAGUGAAGAGAAACCUUGAAGGCAUAAAGGAAAAUGUAACUGAAGUGAAGAAAGACCUUGAAGACGCAAAAGAAAAUGAUACUGCAAUGAAGAGAGACAUUGAAGACAUAAAGGAAAAUGUAACUGAUGUGAAGAGAGACGUCGAUGAGUUUAAAAGACGGCAAGGGACAGAUGAAACAAGGCAGGACAGACAGAAGAAAGGAAACAUUUUUCAGAGGUUUUUUGAGAGGAGACGUUAUAACCGGAUGAAAACAAAACUUCAAGGCGACCUGAUUAAAUUCUACAGAAAAAGGUGUAGUUCAAUACCUCUGUCACCGCUUCUUGAAGAAAUAGAGACACCUUUAGCUGGGUUCUACGUGAUGCCUGAUAUAGUCGCCGUAAAACAGAAAUCCCUAACUUGUCAUGAAGAGGAAAGAACACCGAUCAAGUCUUUGAAAGACCUGUUUUCAACCGGAAGUGGAGAUGCAACAAGAAAUGUAUUUAUCAGCUGA